CCCAAGCUUGGUUUUUUUGUUUUUUGGUGCUCAGAAGCCUUUGGCUUCCUAAGCUUUUGGGUGUUGGGAAGCCCUCUGGCUUCUCAUGCAUGGUGGAGCUGACUUGUUGUGCUCCGGUGUCCGAUGACCACCUUGAGUGGUCUAAAUUAAGGGUGACUGUUGAUCUUCUUGCCCUAGCAUCUUGGAAACCAAGCUCAUCUUCAAGAGUAGAUUGAAGGAUGUCCAGCUUUUGGAACGGUCAAUCAAAGGAAUUUGUAAAUAUCAAGUUCCUUAGAGGUUGUUGGUGUAACUUUUACUGUCUUUCUUUAUAUUUGUUUUAUGGUAAACUUGAUUUACUCUGAUUGCUUUUUCUAGUUGGAUUUUCUUUGAUCUAUUAUGUGUUCUUAUCACUGAUAUAGAAAUCUUUCAUAUAGAUGCUGUAUGAUUGUGUUUUAAUUCAAAAAUAAUAAUAAUAAUUAAGUUAUCAU